GGUAGAAGGUUGAAGACAAAGUUUUUCUGUGCAUCCAAUGGUGGCAUAGUGUUGAACGGUGGUGCCUGUGUUCAUGUGGAUCUGUGUAGUCCAUUCCGAUGGAUCUAUCCCGAGAACUCGGGCAAAGGAUCGAGGAUUAUGACGUUACGCAGCUACUGGGUAAAGGCGGUUUUGCCAAGGUUUAUCAAGCGGUAUGCAGAAAAACCGGCGUAGAAGUAGCCAUUAAGAUGAUUGACAAGGAGCAAAUGAGACGAGCGGGAUUGACGUCUCGCGUACAACAAGAGGUUUCUAUACAUUGUCGAUUACAUCAUCCAUCUAUUCUCGAACUUCUAACAUUUUUCGAGGAUGACAAGCAUGUUUAUCUCGUGGUGGAAUUUUGCCACGGCGGAGAAAUGCAGAAGUACCUUGAACAGCGGGGUACCCUCGACGAAAAUGAAGCAAGACAUUUUCUUGUACAGAUAGUUCAUGGGAUGCAGUAUCUUCAGAAUCACAGAAUUCUUCAUCGUGAUCUAUCGCUGAGCAACCUUCUGCUCACAUUAGAACAACAGGUGAAAAUAGCCGAUUUUGGACUUGCAACUCAGCUGCGUUUCGCGAACGAGAAACACACUACGAUGUGCGGCACGCCCAACUAUAUUCCUCCCGAAAUCGCUACCCGAACUGAGCACGGUUUAGAAGUCGAUCUUUGGUCUCUUGGCUGCAUGCUAUAUACGUUCCUUACUGGUGCGCCACCUUUCCACGACUUCAAGGUCCGUAGCACGUUAACAAAAGUUGUGAUGAGUAGCGUGUAUCUGCCGAGUCAUUUGUCUGUUGAGGCCCGAGAUCUUAUCGAGCGCCUUUUGCAGAAGGAUCCUCGGAAGCGGCUGCCCCUAGCCGAUGUCCUUUCACAUCCUUUCAUGUGUCGGAGCACUUCAUUGCUGAAACGAGUGCCAUCCAGGGACCAAAAAGGAACAAGUCUAUCGGAGGGUUUCAGAGGACCGAGUGAGCCAUUAAACACAACUCGACUGAAGCCCACCCGAAUCAAAUCCGGCAAAUUAAUGCUCUCAAUCCUCGAUUCCGGCGAGGUGUGCGUCGAGUUCUUAAAAAACGAAAAUGUAUCUAGCGUUUUGCGGGUAUCCGCAGACGGUCGCUGGAUUGUUGCGUAUAGGUCAGGAGCCGCUUGGCACCCCACUCAACCACCUGCACUGCCUAUUGACGGAACUGAUGAUCGCUAUUGCUUUGAUCGUCUACCACAGGCAUUGUGGAAGAAGUACGCCAUUGCAUCAAGAUUUGUACAACUUGUGCGCCAAAAGACUGUGAAGAUUAUUCUUUAUCAGAAAGAUACGUCCUGUUUCCUUAUGGAAAACGGCGACGUAGAGCUCAAGAUUGGUAAUACGAAGAAACUGACUCAACUUACCGACGGUUCAGUGAAGUUAAAUGGGCAAAUCGUGAGUAUAAUGGCCUUGGACGCACAAGAUCAUGAAUUAAUGAAAGGUCUUACGGUCAAGCUAAAGUCGCUUGAAGAAGCCAUCUCGGCAGUAGACCCCAGCUCGGAUAUGUACCCCGCUAUUUUCGGAAGGCGUGCGGCCACAGACACUCCGUCAAAAUCGAACUUCACUCUUGCAACUAACUUUACUUCCUUGGUUGAUCGAAGUCCGGAGUCAGUACCAGAAUCCGAUGCACGUGGUGCUCGUGCAGUACGUGAAGUCCACGUUGAUGGUGUGGGUUUAGGAAAGCCUCUGGCCGGUGGUGGCGUCUGUGUACAAUUCUAUGAUAAGACUCAAUUAUCUGUUUUGGCGGGGCGAAAGCAAGUUGUGUUUACAGAUCGUCAUGGCAUUCGCACUGAGUAUCCCGAAGGUUCUUUGAUGCCAGCAUACGUGCGGCAAAGGUUAGAUCAUCUGCCGCGGGUUAUGGAAAUGCUCAGGUGAAUGAGUGCCAUUACACAUCGCUUGCGUUGACAGAGUUGCGUGAUGUCAAUGAAGACAUGUUCGCAUCCUUGAGGGAUCUGAACCCGUUAGCCACAUUGAUCUUUACGUACUAAAUUCAUCAAUUACGUGUACUUUCGUACUGUUGUAUCAACGUACUACAACCUCUCCUUAUGCGUAAUUAUUAACAGUCAACCGAUAAAACUAUCUCGGAAACUUCGCACAAUCAAAACAAUAAUUAUGUAUACAUGUGCAUUGUGAAUAAUACCUGUAUAUACGAUAUACAAUUGAUGUAUAUAUAAAAAAAAAAAAAAAAGUUAAUUACCUGGGCUGUAUAGUUUAGAAAUGGGUUUCUCAGUUUAUAUGCCAUUGAUAGAUACAUAUUAGUGGCAGUCAGCACAGUCAAGUCCGCUCAAUUUGUUCAUAGAAGGAACAUCUCGUUUAUAACGCUGUGUCAUUGAUACGGCACCAAAAUCGAUCUUUUAAGAAUAAAGUUGUUUACACAUAUUCGUCUAUGGGAAUCACGCUUAAUAGUAUUGUCGCCAACAGGAUAAACCUAUAAGACAAAAAAACAUUUGGUUUUAGAACCUAUAAUAUGAUACGGUAAACCAGAAAUAGAAGUUAUGGAAUAUAUGCGCUGCAUAAUAAAAGUUUUUGGUUCAAAAUGUAUGCAUCUUAUGCACUGAAUUUGAAGAAUAAAGUCAACUUAUUAAGCAAAUCGUUGUGGAAAACCCAUAAAUAUUUUUCAGUCUGUACCAGGCUCCUUUGUUUACAUCUUACUCAUGUGAUUCCAUUAUUCCAUUAUAAGCGUUAACAGUGAAGUUUCUUCAGUCAAUUAAAAUUCAUUACAAUUUUUUUUAAAUCAGAAAACCAGUAGUUACAAAACGUUAUGCAGACGUUAAUAUUUGAAUUGCUUUUCUACCGUUGGCGAUCUAUCAACGGCGUGUAAACCCUUAUGUGCCCACGCGACUUGCU